AUGACUGACAAUAUGAGGAUUGUCACAAUGGCUUGCACAAAGAACAUAGGGCUUCGAGUACUUUUUGGAAAAGAUGAUGCACACAAAAUGUUCCUUCCUAAUGGCUUGCCUGCAUCCCUGGAUGAUAUGCUUGAGAAAGUAAAGAUGACUUUUAAUUUGAGAGGAAACAUAAGGCUGCAGUACUUGGAUGCUGAUUUUGGUGAAUUUGUUAAUGUAACUGACAUUUCUGAAAUACAACAUCUUGGCACCAUAAAGGUAAUUCAGCUACAGGAUGAAAUGUUUCCAGUGCAAGAAUUAGGCUCUUCAGCCACCUCAGGAUUGACCAUGGAGAUGGAUGACGUUACAUCUGAAAUUUCAUGCAAUACAGAAUGCAGCACAGAAAGCCCAAACAUUUCACAUCCUGAGUCUGUUUUGUCCAGAACCCAUCCAUGGCCAACAAAUUUCCCAAUCCCGUGCUUCUCAUAUGAGACUGAGCUUCAAUUGGAAAGGGGAAAUGCUGAAUAUCAAGCUAAUAAGAAGGUAUUGACUGUUGGGUCGAAGAUGAAAAGUGACAUUCUACAAAAAGUGGCAGAACAAAUCUACAAAUUUAAAGCAUAUCCAUUAGACACUGAUUUUAGUGAGGUAGCAGAGGCGUUAGUGGAGAGACAUCCUUGCCUAAAGGAGCUCGGUUCCUGUUGUGGAUCCUAUGGAUGGAAGCAGAGGCUAAAAUUUAAAAUGGCCAACUACAGAACCAUGCUGAAAUUACAUGGCUGUGCCGAAAUUAAUAUUAAUUCACUAAAAGCUAAAGGUAAUGAAGAUGCUCACCCAUCUAAGAAUAUUAAAAGACCAAGACGAGCAGAGGCAAACUACUGUCCUAGUCUGCCAGUUGGUGAAACAAGAGAGAGCCUUGAAAAACUGCGGAAAACUCUUUUGAAUGAAGCGAAGAAAAAAAACAAUGAUAAAGUAAUUCGUGAAAUUAUGGCAAAGACUUUUGCCUAUAGGCGUUAUGAAAUCGUCACAGAACAGCCAAAAAUAGCAGAUUUUAUGAAUAGAUGGCCUACUCUGUUCCAGGAGAAUGAGAUCAAUGCAGAAUUUCUCCGCAUCACAACAGUCCCCCUUCAGAUUCGAUUCUUUGCAGAAUUAGACAGACUUUCCACAAAUCUUGUAAAAGUUAUCAAAGGCAGAGGUGGAGCCAUUCGUUCCAAAACUAGCCAAUAUGUGUUGGCAUUUGAUGAGACUAGUGACAUAAAUAUAAGGAGAGAGUGUAUCCUUAGAUCCAUCAUUCUCUACCUUGGUGAGGAUGACAAAAACCUGAUAAAAGACUACAUGGAUAUACAAGAUGAGCAGGAAUCAGAUGACCUCUCUAAACAGACAAUGGCCAUCUUUGUGAAACGAAAACCAUGUGAGAGACCCUUUGAAAUGCCAGAUGACGUGGGAAUCGUCAUAGAAGGAAAUGUGAUGUAA